CUCCCCAUCUUCUGUGGCUCUUUCAGCUUCUUUCCUUUCUUUUGCGUGUAUUGCCCCCCAUGAUUUGUCCUCCUGAUCCCCUUCUUCUUGAGAUCUCGAUCCCAGAGUGCUAUGGGUGCUAGGAUGCCACCCGACGGACAGCGCCAUGUCCAUUUCGUCGUCGCAAUAUGCUGACUUGCUAAACAUGGUGCAGGGAAAUCCAGAACUUGCUGAUAAGAUCAAGACCUUGCGAUUGGGUUUAGAAGCCGACGACCUGCUCGAGCACUUCAAAUACGACGCCGUGAUCGACCAGGACUGCACCACCCAUACCGAAUACGAGCGAGAUGAGAGUCACGCUAUCCACAUCGUGAAGAGGAAAUGGUACCGCCGCUCUGACCCCUUGGGUUGGGGAUCAUAUGGCAAAGUCUGGCUGGAGAGUGAUGAGACUGAUGCACAACGUCGGGCCGUCAAGGUCGUGCAGAAGGAUCUGAUGGAACGGGAUACCAUCGACUAUAAGAGGGAGAUUCUCGCGCUGGCCAAGUUCUCGAAACCGCAGUACCAACAGCAGGAGGUCUUGGUCAACUUUCUCGGCUGGUUGGAGGAUCCCUCGAGUCUAUACCUUUACAUGGAGUUCUUUCCACUGGGAGAUCUCGAAGGCCACAUAUCAGAGUCUCUCCCCGAGGAGGAGGUCAAGGACAUCACCACCAAUCUCCUCAAUGGCCUCCGUAUCAUCCACGCUGAACAAUUCACCCACCGCGACCUCAAACCGGGCAAUAUCUUCGUGGCCCGAAAACCCCCGGCUGCCCGCUGGUGGGUCAAGAUUGGCGACUUUGGCAUCGCGAAGCGAGUGAACCAUGAGAGAACAGCCCUUUACACUUCCAUCGGUACUCCAAAGUACACUGCUCCGGAGGUGAGCGGAGAUCUCGAUAUUGACGAACCAACAUCGAUCUAUGACAACGCAGCCGACAUGUGGUCCUUAGGCUGCGUGGUAUUCAGGAUCGCUACUCGGCAAGACCCAUUUCCGACGCGUAGAGACGUGCGGAGGUUCUGUAACGGGCGAAAACCCUUCCCCGACGAACUACUUCAGGGGAGAAUGGGUCUAGAUGGGCUGGAAUUUGCUAAGGCACUCAUUUCUCCUUUACCCACCAAGCGCAUAUCUGCAGAGGCCGCUCUGGGGAUGGCUUGGAUUCAAAAUCGCGAUCGGAACACGCUCGCACCGGAGGAUGACGAAUUGGUUGGCGAAUCGAGCGACGGAACUAAGCUAGGUCGAAGCACGCUGUCUAUAGACUUUAAAAAGACCCCAAAUGAUGGAGUAACAACGAUGAGCUUCGCAGCUGAUUCCCAGCUGGGUCACCCAAGCUCUGGAACUGCGAAGGUUCCUUCUACUCCCAAGGGGGGAGUAACGAUACCGAGCGGCAAAACCCAUUCUCGGCCGACUCGCAGAAGACCGGAGGUGCCAGAGGCUCGUGCUGCUGAGCUUCCUUCACCAGAGCCCAGUCUCUCCGGUGUCGAGGACCACACAAGCGUCCUCAAGGCCCAUGUGGUGCCAGAGAACCACACCUUGAACAUCAUUGCCAUCCAUGGUAUGGAAAACACGGCAGACGGAGCCUGGGCUCACAUCAAUGGCGGGGCUGAAGUCAACUGGCUUACACAUCCCGACAUGCUUCCGAAAGCCAUGCCCACGGCCAGGAUAUACACAUUUGAGUGGAGCGCGUCUUCCGAUAGCGAAAGCAUAAGCGAGCUGCUAGAGCGCCGUGGGUUUGAGCUCAGGCAUAGGUGGCAGGAGGUGCUGACUCGGACGCCAAAACCCACUGUUGUCAUUGCUUGUGACUUUGGUGGGCUAGUACUGGCCAGGGCUCUCGCCCAAGCCGAAGACAGGCGCGACGCACAAGCAUGGCUACUGGACUCCCUACGAGGCCUGGUCUUCCUCGGGACUCCGUUCCGCGGGACCGAUGCCAGCGGCCAAAAGCGAUGGCGUGCCUACCUCUUUUACAUCGUGCACAUGGGUCAAACGAAGAAUAAUUUAUCAAUCGCCGAGACGACGAGCCGCUGGCGACUGGUCAGCAUUCUGGACACUACUCACACGCCCUUUCUCAAACAAACCUGCCAAGGCUUGGAGAGGGCAAUCGCCAACCACAGCCGCAGGAUCCCCGCCGUAUGUUACUACGAGACCCACGACACCAAGUUCAAACGGGGCUUUCUGUUCAUGCGGCCGGCCAAGACGGGCGUGCUAGUCGAAUCCAACGAAGCCUGGCCCGGCAUUACCUCCGUCCACCAGGCGGGCCUACACACUGAUCACCGCGGGUUGAAUAAAUUUGCCGGCCCACAUGAUCUUAGCUAUCGCAAGCUACGAGAUCAGAUUCUCGCUUUUGUGGGUGGUACCGUGCCGCGAACUACGCCCUCCGAAUGGGACUAUGAUGCCGCCCAUAUGGAGAAGUAUGCGACUCGGUAGCGGCCUGGAGAUAGUCAUAACUAUGAGGGACUUUGAGUUGUGGUGACUUCCAAGUCUACCGGAGGUAUCAAUGUCGCGAACGCGGAAUGGGUUUUCAUUGGGUUUUUCACCGACCCUCUACCUUACAAUCCAUGGUCCCUCCGCAGAAUAUGACCCGAUUUUUGGGAACCCCUUGUAUUUGGUAAAUCAAGUAUAUAAAUGUGAUCCUGCGCGCCGACGGGCUUCGGUCGCCCUAAAAGCCCCACUCAUGACAUAAAAGUAUCCUGA